GACUUCCCUGGUUUUACAUGCAGCACCUGCGUUUAACUUUUCUAACGUGCUGCUAACUCUGGACCCGCACAACGUGUUGUUAUUUGACUCAUUAGUACAUUUCUUUAAUAUCAUUAGAAAGUUGUUGUUGUUUUUUCUGGUCGGCGGAGGAAACACUCGUUUUCUUUGAUUUCCAUGCGGGCCACCGGUAACUUUUCCUGAAGCGGUAAUGGAGAAGUCUCGUCCUGUAGCUCCGCACUCUCUGGCUCUGGUGCUGUCGCAGGUUCGCGGAGAAGAUGAAGGAGACUCCCCACUAGUAUCAUCACCAUCACCACCAGCACCAGCAGCGGCCGUGCUCCCGGUGAAGGCUCAGCAUCACUCCGGCUACGAGGUAUUCGCGAACUUCAAGUCCGUGAACAUGCAGCUCUUCUGGAACAAGGCGCUGACGCGUGCGCUCUCUGAGAUCUUCUUCCUCGGCUGGAUCGAUGAGCGCGUGCUGCUGAUUCAGGGCGAGGAGGUCCAUCUCCAGGUCCUCAGGAACGGGUGGACACGGCGGACCCUCAUACCCCCACGGGGCUUUGACAUCCAGUGCAUAGGUGACGUGUCUCCGAUCAGCAUGUCACCGAUCAGCCAGUCGCAGUUCAUCCCGCUGGGGGAGAUCUUGUGCCUGGCCAUCUCUGCGAUGAACUCUGCCCACAAGCCGGUCAACCAGGAGGCUCUGGUGGAGCACCUCUCUGCCAGCUUCCCAGGCGUGCCCACACCCAGCUCCGAGGUCCUGCGGCACACCCUGAACAUGCUGGUGCGAGAGAGGAAGAUCUACCCAACUCCAGAGGGCUACUUCAUCGUCACCCCACAGACCUACUUUAUCACCCCUUCCCUCAUCAGAACCAACAACAAGUGGUAUCACCUGGAUGACCGGCUGCAAGAGCGCCAAACGCCACAGCCACAACAACAACAACAACAACAGCAGCAACAGCAAACUCAGCAAUGCACUUCGCCUCAGUCUGGCAACGUAACCCCAUCCGCACCUGGCUGCCUGAAAGAGAGGCCUCCUCGCAAGAAUCACAAUGACUCGUACAACUCCUACCGCGAAGACUCGGCCCGACUUCACAGCAGUAAGUCACCAAAGGAGCACAGGGGGGAUUCUCAUCAGAGUAAGCCCGCCAAGGAUCACAAUGGCGGGGAACCUCCGCCCAGCACGUCAGCCAAGGAGCACCGAGGAGAACCUCCGUCGUACCCGUAUUCCCCUCUUCCCACGUCCCCUCCUGCGAAGCAACCGCCGCCUAAAGAGCCCGCCGAGAAGAGCAAAAGCAUCACGUCGUUCCCGUAUAAAAGUGACACUCUGACCAAAAAGAAAGAAGGGAGUGGCGGCGGCGGCGAAAGCGGCGAGAAGCAAUCCAAAAGGUUCGGCCUCAGGCUCUUCAGGCUGAGUUUCAAGAAGGACAAGAUGAGGCAGCUGGCCACCUUCUCCGGCCAGUUCCCCCCAGAGGAGUGGCCCCUUCGCGACGAGGAGGCGCCGGCCACGCCCAUCCCCGCCCAGGUGGAGAUGGAGAUCAUCCGCCGAAUCAACCCCGACCUCACGGUGGAGAACGUGGCGAGGCACACGGCGGUGAUGAAGCGGCUGGAGGAGGAGCGUACGCAGAAGAACAAGGCGGGGUCCUCGGCCCAGCACAGUGCGCGGAGCCGGAGGGGGAGGGGCCACCGGAGGGCCCUGCACGGGAAGUCCCGCUCGCACAGCAAGCCCCGAACUUCCAGGGGAGAGCCGUCCGAGGGUUCGAACUGGGACCUGUUGUUCAUGGAAAGGGAUUACCGCUUCUUCAGCCACUCGUUAGUGCGCUCGCCUCGGGAGGCCAUGUGCACCUUGGAGCGCCGGCGGAGCGGAGGCGCCACGUACCUGGUCCACAGCAACCCCAACGUCACCGACUCCAACUGCCCGGUGACUCCCGAGUGGGACGUGUCCGGGGAGCUCGCCAAGAGACGCACGGAGAUGCCCUUCCCCGAGCCGUCGCGCGGGACGUGCCAGUCCCGAGUGCAAAGGAGCCACAGUCACAAUCAGGACAGGAAGUCGCGCCACGACCGGUCGGAUCAAGCGAAGGAGCGCUCCCGGUCCAUGGACAACUCGCUCAAGGGCCCGUCACUGGGGGUGCCGGAAGACUUUGAACCCGCCCUGGAGGAGCGUAGUCAUUACUACACGGACGACGGCACCCUGCGCGCCACGCAGAAGUCCUCCCACUUCUCACGGAUCAUGCUCUCCGCUGCUAAGUUCCACUCUGAUUUUAAUGUGCCUGACUUGGGGAAAGGGAGUUUGGACGAGUCGAGGGUCCGGAGUUCGACGGAGAGGAACAAAAGCAGAGACAGCUUGCCAUCGUACAACGAGCUGAUGGGACUUUCUCCGAAGCCCUCAGCAGAUGAGUACUUCCAGUGCAAUACGUCAAAUGAAACAAUCCUAACUGCCCCUUCGCCUCAGGCAAAAUCAGAAUAUGACACAUUAACCUCAUCAGGGGGACUCCGAAAGGGCUCUCCGGCUGACCGGCAAACGCCUCGCCUCGCCUCUCCUCACGCGCCGGAGUACAAAGAGGACCCGUCGGCCGCAAAGGGACAGAGCGGCGCGGCGCGGCUGACGCCGAGCCAGACGCCGGAGCCGGCGCAAAACGCCCGUUUGACGCCACACCAACACAACGUCGACCCGGGAGGGGGAGGAGGCGGCGUGGCGAUCAAGAGGAAGGAGAUCUUCAGCAAGGACACUUUGUUCAAACCUCCACACAACGCCUUGUCCGCAGGCCACGUGGACAGCAGCUACACCAAGUCCGGCACAUUGCGGAAAGCCUCACAUGCCAAAUCAACAGAGGCCCUAGACAAUCCUGAGCCCCAGCAGCCUUCCAAUUCAGCCACUUCCUCAGCGUCACCGGCGGCUCUACAGGGCUGCCUCGAGCCGACAGUCCCCUCCGCCUCCUUCGACUAUUAUAAUGUAUCAGAUGAUGAGGAGGAGGACGAGGCAGAGGAGGACGAGCACAAAGAGUUGGCGACAGCAGAGGACAACAAGGACCACGGGGAAGUGGGCGGUGGUGGUGGAGGCGGCGGCGGCGGCGGCGGCGGCGGUGGCGGCGGCGGCGGCGGCGGUGGUGUUGGCGGUAUUGGUGGGGAGGGAACCAUGCAGUGGUUACUGGAGCGGAAGAAGGACCACGAUCUGCAGCGGAAACUGGAGACCAACCUGACGUUACUCAGCCCCAAGGAGACGGAGAACAGCAGCAGCCAGAAGUCGGCCCACUCCGCCCGCCUGGACAGCAUGGACAGCAGCAGCGUCACGGUGGACAGCGGGUUCAACUCCCCCAGAACGCGUGAAAGCCUUGCGUCCAACACAUCCAGCAUCGUGGAAAGCAAUAGGCGGCAGAAUCCAGCGCUGAGCCCCGGCCACAUCGGCACGAGUAGUAUCGGACUGCCCUUCAGCUUUCGCGCCAUCCCAGAACCCCCCACCACACAGCCUGAGAAGCUCCAGAAGUCAUCCAACUGCCUGGCCUCCAUCACCAGCGUCUGACGGGCAGCACAGACUGAGACCAUGAAAGGUGGUGGAGGAGGAGGAGGAGGAGGAGGAGGAAGUGAGGUGUUUCACCAUUUUUACCCUCACUUUCCUCACACACACACACACACACACACACACACCUUCAGACUCCUGAGAAUCCAUUUACUGGGACUGUUACAUAAACAGGCAUGGCUUCAAGAGACUGUUCCCACAGCUUCAAGAACUUUACUGCAAAAAAAAGAGAAGAAAAACUUCAGAAUAUCAAGACCAACGUAGGGGAAGAAACCUACCUGAAGUACUUUGAUUUUUGGUGACAUGGACUCUAGUUUGGCUUAUAUCAAGAUUAUUGACUAUUGGUAUUGGAAAGUAGUAGACUAUAGGAUUCAAGUUACAUUUGGAAAUAUCAAAAAAACUUUUUAUAUUACUUAACAAUACAUGUCCAAUUAAAUGUUCUCCUUCCUGAAAUAGCGUCAAGUUCUUCAGGACAAUUCAAUGUCAGCACAAUGUCGAGACAAUAAAAGUUGAUUCUGAGAACAACGAAUGAAAGAUAUAAAAACAUAAAUCAGCUCAGAUUUGUGUACCGCAAUGCAAAUGAUGUAUGUAUACUCGAUACUUUUGAUAUCCUAAUUAUUAUAAUGGUGGUAUUAAAGAUGCUAUGUGACCAAAAAUCAUGUCUGGACAAAAUGAGCUGCACCCCGACACUCACACGUAUACAUCCCAGAUCACAUGAUCUUCCUCAGUAGAUUGAGUUUGCCAGGUUGUCAGAAAAAUAGAAAUUUUAACAUCUAUUAUUCCCCGAGCACAUUAGGGACUUAUGUAGCCCAUAUUUAAGCAUAAUAGUUGAGAUUGAAAAUUGGCGUAAAAAACAAAUUAUCAACUGACUCGUUUCAGCUUCUCAAAUGUGAACAUGUUCUUCUUUUCUUAGUCUAUGAUAGUAAACUUCGAAGAUAAAACAAGACUGCGCGUAACCAUGCACUUUGUAAACUUGAUGAGGAUAUGGACCAUAUGAAAAAUUAAGAAUAUAAUCAGAUUUAUUCAGAAUUGCAGGCAGAAUGAUACAGAUGCCACGACUGCGGUAGACUCAGCCGUUGUGGUUGUGAACUGGCACCGGUUCUAUCUGUGCAUUAUCUUUAAUAACCAGACUGUUGUUUCUAGAAAGUAAUCAUUUUAGAUCUGAAACGAUUAGUUGAUUGAUCAGCAACUAUUUUUGAUAAUAGGUUAACAAAAAAUGACACAAAUUGUAUAAUUUCAGCUCCUGAAAUGUGAUAAUUUGCUGCUUUUCUUUUUCUUAUAUGUGAGUAAAAUGAACAUCUUGCCCUCUUUUAACAGACAAAGAAAGAAUCUGAAUCCAGGGGCCGAAGGGAAUUGCAAUUGGUAUUUUGACUAUUCAUAAAUAAUUUGUGGACAAAAAGAUGAAUCUGUUUAUCACGAAUGAAAAUAAUUCUGUUUUUUUUCUCACUUUUACAGGAGCAGAAAUAACCAAUGUGGAAUUUAUAAUGAAAUACCUUUCAU